AUGAGCAACGUGGACAACAUGUCUGAAACGCAAGCAGACGAGCGCCCGUCCUCGGCACACCACAGGCCGGUCAAGGUUGUCAGCAGUGGUGACUUGGCAGCAACCUCAUCGGCACUCGACGUCCCAGCCAGUCCAUCCUCCGCGAUUCCCCGCGACUUCUCGUCGCUGGACAUUGCGUCCAGGCGAAGAUUCAAGAGCUACCGUCUGCACGGCGAGUUCGAGAAGCCAUGGCUCGCAGAUCCGGCCAUGAACAAGACAAAAUGGAACAACUGGAUCGUGAGGGGCUUCAUCCUCCUCGGCCUCGUCCUCGCCGGCGUAGCGUGCGUCUUCCUAGUCUGGCCAUACAAGGACGGGCCUUACUGCCUCGUCUACGAAGACCACUUCACCUCCUUCAACAAGGACAUCUGGUCGCACGAGGUGCAGCUCGACGGCUUCGGCACAGGCAGCUUCGACUGGACCACCACCGACGCAAAGAACUCGUACGUCGACGCCGAAGGCCUGCACAUUGUUCCCACCCUCACCAACGAGUCCACGCCCAUCACCAACAACGACCUCUUCGCCAACUACACCCUGGACCUGACCAAGGACGGCAGCUGCACCAGCACCACCAAUACCUCCUGCAUCACCACCUCGGACCCCAAGAAGGGCGCCAUGAUCCCCCCGAUCCGCUCUGCCCGCCUCUCAACAAAGGGCAAGAAGAGCAUCCGGUACGGCAGAGUAGAAGUCGUCGCCAAACUCCCCAAGGGCGACUGGAUCUGGCCCGCCAUCUGUAAAGAAAAAUCACCCCCCCUUUACCCCCCUUCACCCCCAAAAAAGCCUUCCCAUCUAACAAGCCUCCAAGGGAUGAUGCCCGAAGCCUCCACCUACGGCGAAUGGCCUCGCAGCGGCGAGAUCGACAUCAUGGAAUCAAGAGGCAACUCGCGCGCCUACACCGAAGGCGGCCGCAACUACUACUACGGCACCCUCCACUGGGGUCCCACGGCCGAAAAGGACAGCUACUGGCGCACCACCAACGCAAAGAUGCUCCGCCGCGGCGACUUCUCGCGCGGCUUCCACACGUUCGGCGUCCAGUGGACCCCCAACUACAUCUACUUCUACAUCGACAGCCGCGCACACCAAAUCAUGUUCAUGGGCUUCGACCGCGCCCGCCCGCUCUACGACCUCGGCCGCUUCGCCAGCAUGGCCGAGAACCAGACACUGCUGGCGAACCCGUGGGCCAUGUCCAACUCCACCACGGGCAACGCCCCCUUCGACCAGAGCUUCUAUUUGAUUCUCAGCGUGGCUGUCGGCUCCAAGAACGGCUGGUUCCUGGACCACGUUGGCGAUAAGCCCUGGAUCGACGGUGCCAAAAACGCCCAGUGGACCUUUUGGGAUGCUGCUGCCAAGUGGCUGCCGACCUGGGGCGAGGGCGCCGACCGCGGCAUGACGGUCAAGUCCGUCAAGAUGUGGCAGGCUGGGCAGUGUGGCUCGUCGAGCGAGCUUUAG